UCCGUGGUUCCAUAUGUCACUUAAAUUUAAACCACAUUUAAAUUUUGAUGUUAUAUUAUAAGAACCAAAAACGUAUUUCGUUGUGAAUUUGAUCGAAUGUAUUAAACUGUUACUGAACAAGUUAUCUAUAUCAGAUUCCUCAAUAUUUAUUUCAAAAAAUUAUUAAUGUUUUAAGUUAUAGUAUGCUAAUUACCAAAAAAAAGCAUAAAAACUUAACUAUUUUUGUGUUUCGCUUUAUCGGAUAAAUCGAAUUUAACAAUGACAUCUAAGGUAAAAGUGGAGUCUGGAUUACAACUACUGGCUAGAUUGACAAAAAAACCGCAGUUAGAGAAUUUCUAUCCUUUAUUAUUCGGUACUGGACCUAAAGCUGGAAAUAUCAUUGAGAUAUAUAGUGAAAACAGCACAAAUUGUUUACUUGCUGAUUUAAUAGCUGAAUCAUUGAUUCCACUUGAACUAGGUGGAUCUGGAGCCAGUGUAGUCAUAUUUAGUACUGAUGGAAAUUUAGACUUAGAAUAUAUACUAAAUUUUUGUAAAAAUAAAUUGAAAUCCCCUUCCAGAAAAAAUUGUCAAAAUCUUCAAUCAAAUAUUGAAACUUUGGUACAUGCUGUCCUUAGAAAUAUAUAUAUUUUUAACAUUUAUGAUACAACUCAAUUUUAUGUUACUAUUCAGAACCUAGAAAAUCUGUUAAGUAAUAAUUCAAAUAUAUCUCUGGUGGUAUUUGAUACACUUACAGCAUUUUACUGGUGUGAACAAUCUUUCAAAAUAAUCAAAAUGGACUUGUACAUAAAAAAAAUACUCAAUGUUAUAUGGAAAAUUGUUAAGGAUUAUAAUGUUACAGUUAUGUAUACUAGAUCAGAGCAUUUCAGCAGCAGUAAGGAACUCAUAGAAAACUUAGAAAUGUGUGGUGAGCAGUCCAAAGAAGCAAUUUUGAACUACAGAAUACAGAUAACAUAUAAUGAAAAUGGCACUCAUCAUGUCAACAUAAGAACACAUGAUAAGCAAUUUAGAAAAGAGUUUUUGUUGAAAGAGGAUGAAAUAUGUUGGUUAUAAUAAAAAUGUUUCACAUU